AUGCCACAUUUGCGGCCUUCGUAUGAGGGCUCUGUACAAGACAACAGACUGCCCCCAUUGCCGAGUGAGUCCUUCCCUCUGUUGCGUUGCAAUUCCAAGCUAACAUGCUCUUUCCAGACCGCUGCCCCCUUUGUUAUUUUUACCGAAGAUCCUUUAAAGCGGUACGAAGAAUACACCGAUAGCGAUAUUACGAGUCUAGAUAACAAUAUCGGCAUCAAAUACGCCAGCGAGGAGAUUGUUGGCGAUACGGUGGUCCUUCUCCGAUACAACUGUCCUGCUGACGACUGCGUUUUUGCUGGCUUAGGCUGGCCUGAUCUCCACCGCCAUGUCCGUUCGGCGCACCAGCGCAAGAUGUGUGACCUCUGCACGCGCAAUAAGAAGGUUUUCACGCACGAGCACGAGCUCUUCGCGGACAAGGAGCUCGAGAAGCACAUGAGACAUGGUGACGACAAGCCAGGCGCACUUGACCAGACUGGCUUCAAGGGACACCCGCUCUGUGGCUUCUGCGGACAACGCUUCUACGAUGACGACAAACUGUACGACCACUGCCGUGAGAAGCAUGAGAGGUGUUUUAUCUGCGACCGGAGAGACUCGCGACACCCGCAUUACUACCUCAACUACCAAGCUCUCGAGCAGCACUUCUCCAAAGAUCACUACCCGUGCCUUGAUCGCGAAUGCCAGGAGCGCAAGUUCGUCGUCUUUGAAUCCGAGCUCGAUCUCAAGGCCCACCAACUGAGUGAACAUGGGAACACCUUGUCCAAGGAUGUUAGAAGAGACGCAAGGAUCGUUGACAUGGCUGGAUUCGACUUCCGGCCCGCAUACCAAGAGGAGCGGAGAGGUGGUGGCGCCAACAGGAGGGAAGGCCGUGCAGGUCGUGGACGAGGGCGCGAUCCCAACGCCGAGCCAUUACCUCAGAGUUCGGCGCAACCGAUGCGGCGCGAUGAGAUAGCUUACCAGAGGCAACUUGCCAUUCACUCAGCACAGUCAGUGAGCAACCGUACGUUUGGCGGACAACUAUCAGCAGCGCCGCCGGCUGCGACUGCUACUCGUCAAACUGGUGCCACUGCCCGACCUGCCAACGCCGUCUCUUCCGCAUCGCAACAACAAUCCGAGGCCGCAGACGCCUUGGGUCAGCUGACAAUAGACCCUGCGACCGCGACGCCGGCAGACCGCGCCCGCAUGGCUCGCCACAGUUCCGUUAUUGAGCGUGCUUCGAACCUGCUUGGCCAAGAUCAGGCCAAGAUGAACACCUUUCGCCAACAUAUCUCCUCCUACCGUCAGAACAAGAUGACGGCGCCGCAAUUGAUUGACGCCUUCUUCUCACUAUUUGUCGACACAUCGUCUAAUGCCCUGGGCACACUGGUCCGCGAGGUGGCCGACCUGUUCGAGGACCAGACGAAAGCACGGGGGAUUCAGAAGGCCUGGCAGGACUGGCGCGCCAUCAACGAGGAUUACCCGUCCCUUCCCGGUCUCGGCGGCAUGCAGGGCGCAACGACCUCAUCGAGCGGCUGGGCGUCCGCUGCCACGGCUUCGGCAGUGACGCCUUCGGCCGCUCCUAGCCAGAACCAGAAGCACUCGAACCGUGUUCUCCGCCUCAAGAACAGCACGCGCAGGGCCAGCGCCGGCGGCAUCAGCAGCGGGCCUACCCCCUCCACAUCUACCGCCGCCACCAGCUGGUCCGCGGCACCGGUGUCAAGAGCCCCGCCCUCCUCCAAUGCGUUCCCUUCCCUGGCUGCCGCCGCUGCGACUCCUGCUUCUUCUACUUCGUCGGCAUCAACGUCGCGUCCGUCAUGGAUCGGCCCCAACAAUCAUGCUCAGGGCAACACAAAAGCCAAGGCGCGAGUUGGCAACACUCCAGAUAACUUCCCCGCUCUGCCAGCGGCGGCGAAGCCCCAGACAACAAUCUUUGGGUAUGGUACGGGCCGUGGCGUCCGUCGAGACUUCGGAGUUACGCGGGACACGGGCUUCAGCUGGGGAUCGGGGGCAGAAGGCAGUGCCGAUGUCAGCGCCAACCCUUCCGAGCGAGAGGACGAGGGGGGCGAGAGUGCUGGGGGUAAGAAGAAAAAGGGGAACAAGGGUAAGAAGGUCCUGGUGCAGUGGGGUUAG